ACACAUUCUCAUUCAUCACAAAACUAGUAAUCUCUGUUUGCAUUGAAUAUGCCAGGCCUUACUAUUGGAGACACUAUUCCUGACCUUGAAGUUGAUACCACCCAAGGCAAGAUCAAACUCCAUCACUUCUGUUCUGAUUCAUGGACCAUUCUCUUCUCUCAUCCAGGUGAUUUCACCCCAGUUUGUACCACUGAGCUUGGUAAGAUGGCUCAAUAUGCUUCUGAGUUUAACAAACGAGGAGUUAUGCUGUUAGGUAUGUCUUGUGAUGAUCUUGAAUCUCACAAGGAGUGGAUCAAAGACAUUGAAGCACAUACUCCAGGUGCAAAGGUUAACUAUCCAAUAAUUUCUGAUCCUAAAAGAGAAAUCAUCAAGCAACUCAACAUGGUUGAUCCUGAUGAGAAAGAUUCAAAUGGAAAUUUACCAUCAAGGGCUCUUCAUAUUGUGGGACCAGAUAAAAAGAUUAAGUUGAGUUUUCUUUACCCUGCACAAACUGGGAGGAACAUGGAUGAAGUGCUGAGGGUGGUGGAGUCACUACAGAAAGCCUCAAAGUACAAAAUUGCAACCCCUGCUAACUGGAAGCCAGGGGAACCUGUUGUCAUUUCUCCUGAUGUUACCAAUGACCAAGCUAAGGAUAUGUUCCCUCAAGGUUUUAAGACUGCAGAUCUUCCAUCCAAAAAGGAAUAUCUUAGGUUCACCAAUGUUUGAUAAUCUGCCUCCUACUUAUUAAUGUAUCCUAAUGAUACUAUAUAGUAUAAUAUAAUGUAGUAUUCUAGUAUAUGUGUCUGUCUUGGCUUUAUAUUUUGUUGUUUAACUAUAUAUAGAAAAUAUAAACAAACUUUAUGUAUCUUUUUGUUCUCUUAUGUGUAUGGGUUUUUAUGCUGUAAAAA